GUAAAAACAUUUAGAAAAAAAAAAAAAUAAAUGAUAUAAUAAAAUUCUGAAUAUUACAAUUUAGAAGAUUUUCUAAACUCUAAUUUAUCAUGCCACAAAAUUCUCUAUAUCGACUUAAGUGGUAAUAAAAUAGGAGUAGAAGGUAUUAAAGAUCUAUGCCUUGGUAUUUAAAGCUGCAUUAAUCUAUCUAAUUUGACUCUCUUCUUAUAGUAAAAUAAUACUGGUGAUGAAGGUACAUCCUAAUUGGCAUCAGCUUUGACAAAUUGUCCUUUUCUUUCAACUCUUGUAAUUUCUUUAGGUAGUAAUUAAAUUGGUGAUGAAGGAUCUAAAGAUUUAGGUUUGAGCUUAUCUAAGUGUUCUAAUCUUUAAAAUUUGACACUUUUUCUAUAGUACAAUAAUAUCCAAGCUUAAGGCGCAUAAGGAUUAGCCUAAAUUUUAGCAAACUCCAAAAAUCUUUAAUUUUUAAAGUUUUAGCUCUAGUACAAUAAUUUUGGUGAUGAUGGGGCUUUUAAUUUUGGUUCCAUUUUCAUUGAUAGCAGUAAAAUUUAAACAUUAUCUCUUGAUCUAAAACAUAAUAGUAUUGGAGCGUCAGGCGCUUCAGGAUUAAUUUCAGCUUUGUCAAACUGUAAAAAUCUAUCUAAUUUAAUAAUUUCUUUGAUGUACAAUAAUAUUGGUACUUAAGGAGCUUCUGGAUUAGGAUUAGCUUUAUCAAACUGCACAAAUCUAUAAAAUUUAACAAUUUCUUUAGGGUAUAAUAAAAUUGGACCAUAAGGUGCCAUAGACUUUGGUAAUUCUUUAGCAAAAAGCAGCAAACUCACUACUUUGAUGCUCCAUUUUUAACAUAAUAAAAUAAAGGAUGAGGGUGCUUUGGGCUUAGGUUUUUCUUUAUCUAGAUUUGCUAAUCUCAAAAUGCUAGUUCUCAACUUAAGUGAAAAUAAUAUUGGAUCUCAAGGUAUAUCAGACUUAGGUUAAGGUUUAAAAUAAUGCAAUAAUCUUUAGAUUUUGGCACUCUACCUUUAAUAAAACUACAAUAAAAUUAAAGGAGAGCAGAAUUUGAUCAAAAAAGUAUAAAAGAUUAAAAGAUUAGUAAGAAAAUAAAUAAACACAUUUUGAAAAUUUAAUUCAAAUUCAUUUAUUUUUUAUGUAAAUAAACUUUAGAUGUUUGUUUGUUUAAUUUUUGUUAUUUUACAUC